CACUACAUUUUUCACACAUUCCCCUCCCACUUUGCAUGCACUUCCUCUAGCAAGUACACUAUCAAGAAAAACACAGAAAAAAAAAAAAAGAAAAUAAAGAAAAAUUAAGAGAGAUAUUUUGGGAGAAAGAAAAGGGUUAAAGUUGAAUCGUUUUCGAGUUUUUCACGUAAAUCUGGUGCAGCAAUUACCAUAAUGACUAGCAUUAUGGACGCAGAGCGUGACAAGUAUAGCAUGAUUAAUUUCGAAGAGACGGAGUUACGUUUGGGGUUGCCCGGAGGCAAUGGAAAUGAUGGCGAAACGACCAAAAAUAAUGGAAAAAGAGGGUUUUUGGAGACUGUUGAUUUGAAGCUUAACCUUUCAACAACAAAGGAGGCGAUGGCGAACGAAACUGAGAAGAUGAAGGAGAAGAGCUCUGUUGCUCCUCUAUCUACUGACCCUGCAAAGCCCCCUGCAAAGGCACAAGUGGUGGGAUGGCCACCAGUCAGAUCCUUCCGGAAGAACAUCAUGGCCGUCCAGAAGAACAGCUCCGAGGAGGAGGCCGGCGAGAAGGCUGGCGGCAGUACUGCCACCAACACCACCACUGCAGCAGCGUUUGUUAAGGUCAGCAUGGAUGGUGCACCCUAUCUACGCAAGGUGGACUUGAAAUUAUACAAAAGUUACCAAGAACUCUCUGAUUCCUUGGGCAAAAUGUUCAGCUCCUUUACUAUUGGUAACUGUGGGUCACAAGGAAUGAAAGAUUUCAUGAAUGAAAGCAAAUUGAUAGACCUCUUGAAUGGUUCUGAGUAUGUUCCAACUUAUGAAGACAAAGAUGGAGAUUGGAUGCUUGUUGGUGAUGUCCCAUGGGAGAUGUUCGUUGAUUCAUGCAAACGACUGAGAAUCAUGAAAGGAUCUGAGGCAAUUGGACUUGCUCCAAGAGCAGUAGAGAAGUGCAAGAACAGAAGUUGAAGCAGUUUCACAAACAACAAUCUCAGUUGAAAUCAAGCGUUACAAAGAUAAAAAACAGAGCGGCAAACCGGCUCGAAUAUAGGGAUUGAGUAGGGAGUUUGAAUGUGUUCAUCAGCAUGAAGAAAAAAAAAAAUUAUGAGGAAUAUAUUGGGAGAUUUAUUAAUGGACAAGAAAUCAAAUAAUAGGAAAUCAAUAAGACUUUGCUUUUCUUCUGUGUAACCCUGUUUUAUUGUCAAUGGCUUGUUUAAUAAUUUCUUAAAAAUAUUAAUGUUUUUAGUUGUCAUGAGUGUUUUUUUUUUUUUCACUCCAUUUUGUAAUAUUAUUGCAUGUAUUUUUUUCAAUGUAAUGUAUGAAAAGAUUCUCUGAAUUAU